AUGGCCAAUUAUCGACAACAACAAAAAAAUAAUGUGGAACCUGUGGAACCUAAUAAAUUAGUGGAACCCCAAAAUAUUUUACCGCUUUCUAAAUGUCCUAAUUGCCAAUCACUAAAAGAACAGUUAGAAGUGGUGGCUACCUUACCCACUGCUUAUAUAAAUAACCUACUAGCCGAAAGAGAUGAAAAGCACAGAAAAGAUUUAGAAAGCAUAAAUAAACAAAUCCAAGAAGUCGAGCAAUUAAAGGCUGAAAAUAAGGAUUUAAAAAAGCAAAUUAAAAAACUGAAAACAUGUCCCAACUAA